GCGGCGCCCGUCAGUAUGGUGUUGGCUUUCAGAGUGGCUUGAUGUUUUCAUCGUAACGGUCGUGUUUUCGAGAGCGUUGUCUACCUGUAUGUGCCUUCGUUUCGAUUUUUCCGUUUUCCGUCGUCGUGUUUGGCUCUCCUCUCCGUGUGCGAAUUGCAGCGUUUCAGUUCAGUUCUGUUCGCCAGCUUUCUCGAUUCGGUUCGUUUCGAUACAGGAUUGCUUUGCUAGUUUCGUGUGCGGAUACGCGCGGCGUGUGUGAGAGAGGGAGAGAGCGCACGUAAGUGCUCGAUAUGUUACGGAAUUUCGUUCAGUUUUUGCUUGUAUUGUUUUGAAAUCAUUCGGAGAAACGAGAAAAAGGAUAACACACUGCAUGUUCGAUUUGGAACCAUUAAAGGAUUAUUGUGUUGAGUUGUGAAUUGGUGUACUGUUUUCGAUGAAGUGCGGAAGGUGGCAUUAAGGAGAAACCCGAUUAACCAAUAUUGUGAAAUUAAUGAAAUCAUUCACUUCUAAAGGUCACCUCGUGUAACAAGGGCAGCUCUAGGGGAAGUAUCGGAAACAAAACUCGUUAUUGUGCAAUUAGAUCGAAUUCGGGAGAAAACGGUGGUGUAAUGUUGUGCAUCGAAUCGGUUGGCAAGUUUAGUUAGAAGUAAACCUCGAAUUAACCUGGAAAAUGAUUCCUACGAUUGCUGCUGCUGCUUCAGGAAAAUUCAUGUCCUAGUGUAGGAAAAAGUUGGUACAUAAAACAGUGAAAAGAGCAUUACGAUGGUUCAUUCAUAUCAGUGAGAAACUGUUGUGCGCGGUGUUCAGAGAGGGACCACGGAAGAUUUUAUUGGUUGUACCUAGUUAUCGUAAUAUCACUCGAAAGUAGUUUUGUUUGUCUAUUAAGCUCAUCCCCGCAAAGUUGUAAAUAUGGACACUAUAAAUACCGUCGCUACGGUUCCCACCGGUGUCGAUUUCGCUCGUUUUUUGCUGAGCAAACCAGACGAGCCAUCAACAUCGUCGUCGGCCCGGCUCAUUCCCGUAACAGUUUCCGCUAGUGGCAACGCAGUCUUUCCCGCGACAAUCACCUUCGUAAACAGUCCAAGCACGGUGGCACUCGCAAACGCAGCGGCUGCUGCAGCUGCUGCAGCAGCCAGUUCUUCGGCGGUUUCUAGUGUUGCCGUAGCUGGAGCGGCCUCCGCUGCCAAUAACGGUCCCACGAAUAAGAAGUGUCCCUAUCAUCGCCAAUGUUAUCGCAACCACCAUCAUCAUCAGCAGCAGAGUAGUAGCAGCCGAAGAAUGAUAAACACUACUGCCAGCGGGGCCGGUUCUACGGCUCUGUACCCCCAGCGGGAUGCCAUCUCGACGAACGCAACUCCUCCGCUAAAUGCUGCGGUCCUAGCGGAACGUUAUCUGUUGCUCGACAUCGUCGAGGGAAGUUCCCUCUACCGCUGUGUCGAUAUCAAAACCCAAGAGGAGCUGGUUUGCAAGAUCGCCAAUAACCCUUGCUCGAACCUGUUGACCGCUCAUUUUCGCCUGGAUGGCCAUCCACAUGUGAAUUAUCUGCACAAAGUGAUACAGGGAAGCAACCAAACGUAUCUGUUUUUCGCACCAUCACAGGGCGAUCUGCACUCGCACGUGCGCAUUCGGAAACGCUUGCGGGAGCCGGAAGCACGCCGACUCUUCCGUCAGAUGUGCGAGGUGGUUAAAACCUGCCAUGAGCAGGGUAUCGUGUUGCGUGAUCUCAAGCUGCGGAAGUUCGUGUUUGCCGACAGUGAAAGAAUACAUCUCAAACUGGAAUCCCUGGAGGAUGCCGUUGUGUUGGACGAUCCGGCCGAAGACCUCCUGCAGGAUAAACGAGGCUGUCCCGCCUACGUGUCGCCGGAAAUACUGAAAGCAAAUACCACCUACUCGGGAAAGGCUGCCGACAUGUGGUCCCUUGGCGUGAUUCUCUAUACGAUGCUCGUCGGAAGAUAUCCUUUCAACGAUUCGGAACAUGCAUCGCUGUUCGCCAAGAUCAGCCGAGGCCAUUUCACCGUGCCGGACUGUCUGUCCUCGAAGGCACGCUGCAUUAUCCGGGCGCUGCUGCGACGAGAGCCGGAUGAACGGAUAGCUUCGGAGGAUGUGUUGUAUCAUCCGUGGUUGCUACAUGACGACAGCAGGGAUCAGUUGACCUACGUUAGCCGCUCGAAUCCUUCCGCCAAUGCGGACGAUCAGUGCGUUCCGGAGUGGCUGGAGCCGACUGAGAACGAUGGAGAUGGUUUGAGCAGCGGACAUCAUGGAAAUGCUGAGAUGGUGUAGAAAGGGAGAGAGAGUGAUUUGGAUUUGGAAAAUGGUAGAAUACGAUGGGUUAUCCAUAGAGGAUGGUGACAAACAUGGUAGUUGUCGCACGCACUUGUUGAUUAGGAACAACAAAACACAGUUAUGUUAAUAUGUUUUCUUUAGUUCAUUGUUUCUCAUCUUUGAAGUAGAAGUAAGUCGGUUAGAAGUAGACUUUCGCUUAACUUUUUUUUUGUUUGCUAAAUAUUUCAUGUCCACACUCGCGAUUUGUUUCUAGAACAUAUUUUCCAGCUACCUGGUUAACAACAGUAAUGCCACUAGCAUGAUCUCAGUUGGUUUCGUUGGAACAUUUUUUAAUUCUACCUUAGUUAAUCAUCUAUUCGUCAUUUUUCUUUCGAUUUACACAGAGAAAAAUCAUCUAUCUUAAUCACUUAUGAAUUCGAAUGAAAACUUUAAUUUUUUCCCAAUCAGGAAACAACAAUGAUUUGAGUGCAAUCCUUGAUUAGUAGAUUCGUUCGGAGAUAGACAAACAAGCACCACCGCCCAGCUCACCUAAUACUUUUCUUUUUCAACAACUUUCAAUCUUUUGUUUUUAUUUGUCUUUGCCAAUGAAUGAAGUGAGGUAUGAAGUGAACUAAAUUAAUAAUUUAUUGUUAUGUAUUAUACUAUUACAUCACGAGAAUAACAAAACAGACUGAAACUAAAAAAAUGUUUUAAGUUUAACUUUAAGCCACAUUUGAGGGCGGAAAAAACGGAACAUUAAAAAAAUCGUAUUGCUGUCCGUGUUUCUCUUCCCGUGGAAUCCAAUGGGCAAUACCUACCCGGAACUUGUUGUAGAAAUUUCUGUCUUUGUUGAGGAUAAAGGUGUAUUUGUGAUAAGUGAUAUAACUAAUCAGCUGAUUUUCGGUAUAAGUGGGAGGUACAGCCGUUACUAAACGACUUUAUGCGAUGGAGAACAAAUCCUUCCACGAUGUUCAUCGCGUGCGUUCUGUCCCAGAUUGAAAUUGUGAUUUUAUAAAGAGAAUUAUUUUGAAAGUUUCUAUUUUCCAGAUUAUUUCUAUAGUGAUUUUUUACUAGAAGAACCAAUAAAAUCUUCCGUCAGAAGUUCUGAAUUCUUCCUAUUAAUUGAUAGAUAUAUAGACUUUAAAAUGGAUGGUAAGUGUAAGCUUAUUUCGUGUAUUUGUAUAGGGCAGUGAAGAGAGUUUCGAAUGGAUGUACGCGAGAGUGUUUUAUUAUAGAGACGAAUGAUAGGUAGAUAGAGCUAGCGAAUACACAAAUUAAUUUAAUACAUCAUUAGAUAAAUGUGCGAGAAAAAAAAGAAAAAUAAAU